GUGUUGCAGACCAUCAUGGUUGUAAUGGACAACAGAGCACUCCAACUUCUCUUCCUCUUCCUCCUCCUCUUUUCCCCCCUCCUCCUUCUGAGCCCGCCAUUGUUGUAAAUUGUUGUAAUGAACAAUUUGCACCUCCUCAACCUUUUUUACUAACACCACCACCACCUGCUUUUCUCUAUGGUUCUGAUCCAUACAAUUACUAUUAUUAUAAUGACGACUCUAAGUCUGGAAUCAAUAUUGUGAUGAUUGUUGUGGUGGCGGCCAUAGCCAUUGUUCUCCUCGUCGCCAUUGUUCUCAUUGAAAGGAAAUUCAGGACCAUUUCAUUGGGCCUCAAGCUCCUUUACACAAUUCUCGAGAGCAUUGUUAAGAGCCUUGGGGGCAUUUCAACAAGCAUCGGCAACAUUUCAAAGGGCGUGGAUAACAUUAAUUCGGGCAUCGGCAAAAUUUCUUCUAGCGUCGACAAAAUUUUGGAUCAUCUUGGUGAAAAAGGAUUGAAACUGCAAUCAGGUGCAUGUUACCUCCCACAUCCUGAUAAGGAGGAAAGAGGUGGUGAAGAUGCUCACUUUAUAUGUACAGCUGAACAGGCUAUUGGUGUUGCUGAUGGUGUGGGAGGAUGGUCUGAGAUUGGUGUUAAUGCAGGUAUGUAUGCCCGUGAACUAAUGGCUCAUUCUGUGGCUGCAAUUCAAGAGGAACCUCAAGGUUCUAUUGAUCUGUCAAGGGUAUUGGAGAAAGCUUAUGUAAGUACAAAAUGCAAGGGAUCAUCAACAGCUUGUAUGUUAGCCCUUUCUGAUCAGGGUCUUCUUCAUGCUAUCAAUUUGGGGGAUAGUGGAUUUUUAGUAGUGAGGGAUGGAUGUACAAUCUUCAGAUCUCCUGUCCAGCAACGUGAGUUCAAUUACCCAUAUCAACUGGGAGGUGGUAAUGACCUCCCAAGCUCUGCACAGAUGUUCACCCUUCAAGUUGUUCCAGGAGAUGUAAUUAUAGCUGGUACAGAUGGGCUCUUUGAUAAUCUAUACGAUAGUGAAGUAACUGCUGUGGUAGUUCAUGCUGUAAAAGCUGGUCUGAAGCCACGGGUUACUGCUCAGAAAAUUGCUGAACUGGCAAGGCAGCGAGCAGAAGAUAAACACAUACAAACUCCCUUUUCUAGUGCUGCCCAAGAUGCAGGUGUUAGUCAUUAUGGUGGAAAACUGGAUGAUAUUACUGUUGUUGUAUCAUAUGUUGCAAGCUCAAAUUCUAACCCAGAAGAGUAGAAGAUUCCUUGGAUGGUUUAUCUUAAAGUCUAUUGCCAAGGCUUGAGAAGAUAUUUACUUCUCUAAAUGUUUAUGCUAUGUUCUGCAAAUUGUGUAAAUUGUAUUAUUGGAAAUAUAAGGAUUGCUCAAGUACUGAAUAAUUUGCCUAGAGCACAAUGCAUCACGUGGUGGGAAUGGUCAAGAAAAGGGAAAAUUUUUCUAAUCCCAAGCCAUUGAAGGCUAACCCUAUUGAUUGCAUUGAUGUAAAGUUCCAGUAAUGGGUACGCAUAUCAAGAUUCUUACAAGAUUGGUUAGCAGAUUCACAGAUGUUGCCUUGACUUCCUGAAAUGUUUGUAGUGUGAGAGUCUGCCAGUUGUCACGGUCUUGAGAGGGUUUUCGUUCCUUUUGAUUUGUGUUUCAUGGGAUAAAUGAUUAUUGAAUUUUACCAAUGGUUUUUAUUGAAAGUCCU